AUAUUUGUAAAGAAGUAAGACCUGAAAUUCUUAAGGGUACACCAAUAUGUUAUGCAAAUAUGUUAAAGAGGUGUUGGCACCAAGGUCCAAAAAAGCUCCCGUCGGCCUUAGAAGUUUAUGAAACUGUUACGAGCUGGAAAAAUGAUCCUAUCAUUUUAUCCGAGUUUUUAAAUUCAGAAAAUGAUUCUGCAAUAGAAGAUGAUGCAUCUACCAUUAAUGUUGAUAGCGAUUUGAUUCAUUUUA